CGGCAAGUGGUGUGGACUGGGGAGUCCAGUUCAAUGUGGCGACAGCUACCGCAAUACAGUGAAAUUAUUUAAAGCAAGGAUUUAAAAUUGAAUUAAUCUGAUAUGCGUGAUGAACAAUUCGUCUAGGUCUGAGCAAGCAACUGCACAAAAUUCUGCGCUUCAAGCUGCACUUCAAAGGGCAGAGCAGGUGAAUAACAAGUUGAAAGCAGGACCGUUCACUGGAGUGAAGCGUCCUAGUAGUGACGAACUAACCUCGGGACUGAAUAUCAAGAAAUCAAACAUGGAAGGAAGUACUGAACAGAUCGCGGUUCCGGACAAGAUGGUAGGGAUGAUCAUAGGUAGGGGCGGAGAGCAGAUCACCCGCCUUCAGCAGGAUUCUAAUUGCAAAAUACAGAUGGCUCCUGAUAGCGGCGGCCAGAAUGUUCGUAUGUGCACAUUGACCGGAACUGACGAGGCGAUAGCACAGGCUAAAUCCAUGAUCGAUGGUAUAAUCGCCAAUGGCGGUGUCGGUGCUGGUGGCGGUGGUGGUGGUGGUGGAGGGGGAGGAAUGGGAGGAAUGGGUGGUAUGGGAGGUGGACAGGGGGGAUUAUUCGAAGUAAUGGUGCCUGGAAACAAGGUUGGGUUGAUUAUUGGUAAGGGUGGAGAAACCAUUAAGAUGCUUCAAGAACAGACCGGAGCCAAGGUUAUAAUUAUCCAGGAGAACUCGGAUCAUGCUGACCAGAAACCUCUCCGUAUCUCCGGUCCACCACACGCUGUUGAAGAUGCCAAGGCGAGGGUGAUGGAAUUGCUAAAUCAGAUGGAACCAAAUGGAUUUGGAGGUCGAGGUGGUGGUCGUGGAGGUCGUGGAAUGGGUAUGCGAGGGGGAUCUCCCCGAGGAGGAGGGUUUGGAGGACGAGGAAGAGGAAGAGGAGGAUGGCCUAGUGGACAUGAGGGUGGAGGAGAGACGGUUGACUAUGUUACUGUUUCCUCGGACAAGGUUGGUCUGGUUAUUGGUAAGGGCGGAGAAACUAUCAAGUCGAUAAACCAGGCAAGCGGAGCAUAUUGUGAGAUAGAUAAGCGCGCCCCGCCGGAUGCAGUUGAAAAGAACUUUGUUAUUCGUGGACCCCCAGAAUGUGUUGAGAAGGCCAAACAGAUGGUCUUAGAAAAGAUUGGUGCAGCUCCUGCUAGUGGAUAUGGAUCCUUCCCGGGACAAACCUUUGUACCUCCUGGUAGUGGUGGAGGCGGGGGUUACAAUCCGUCUCAAGGUGGUGGUUACAACCAGCCAGGUGCAGGAUAUGAUCCUCCGUCCAAUCCUUAUCAACCUCAGCCACCAGGUCCAGCAAUAAAUCCAGCCACCGGUCAACCUGAUUAUAGUUCACAGUGGGCAGAUUAUUAUAGAUCCCUUGGAAUGGUGAAGGAAGCAGAACUUAUCGAGCAGCAGGGAGGAGGAGCCCCGCAGCAAGCUGCUCCUGUAGUGCCGGCCCAAGCCCAGCAACAGCCGGACUACUCUGCGCAAUGGGCCGACUACUACCGGUCUAUUGGGAAGACGAAAGAGGCUGAGGCAAUAGAGGCGCAGAUGAGAUCAAAGCCUGGUCCUGCUCCGGGUGGAUUUGCUCCAGCCGCAGCUCAAUAUCCUGCACAACCUGGAUACCCGUCUGCUGCUGGAUACUUCCCUCCACAGAGUGGGUAUCCUGGUUAUGACUGAGAUAUCUGUUUUGCAUCUACUGGAGUAAACUGACACAUGAUGAUAUUUAAAAACCACAUGUUGAUGUAAACCUAGAAAGCAGACAGAAAUAUUCAUUGUACAGUAACUUUGUGUGUUUUCUGGAUAUCAUCCAUUCUCUUCAACCCUCAGCCGAAGCCAGGGAAACGCUCUGAACUAUUCUCCGAUAUCUGAACCUUACUGGCCAUUCUACGCCUGUCGAGGAUUUAUUAUGUUUUCAGGGUUGAAAUAUAUGUUUCAUUUUCCA